AUGGGACUAACGUGCAUUAUUUUAAGUGAGCCCUUGGGCUUGAUAUUUCUGUACAAGUUCGUGGAGGAGGACGCAGAGGAAGAAUACGAGGACUGCCCAGAGCAUCUCUGGUUUGCCAACCAGACGACAGGAAAUGCCUGCGGUACCAUCGCCAUGCUCAACAUUGCCAUGAAUUGUGAGCGUCUUGGCCUCGGUGAGCACUUAACGCGCUUCAAGGCGUCCACACAGCCUCUGCACCCAGCGCUCCGCGGCCACCUGCUGAGCAGCGAUGAAGCCAUCCGUUCUACGCACAACUCGUUUGCCAGACGCAUUGACAUGCUCAUGUCUGACCUCUCGCUCAAGUUGGAGUGGGCCGGAGCCGGCAAAAAGGCCAAACGGAAGAACGCAAACAACAAAAAGAAGCGAAAGAAGGCCGCCGACGAAGACGAGCCGGCGUUUCACUUUAUCGCCUAUGUCCCCGUGGGAAACGAUGUGUGGGAGCUCAACGGCAUGCAAGAGAAACCCCUAAAGUUGGGUCCAUUCAAUGGAGACUGGACGGCCAGCGCCCGAGAACGCAUUGCCACUCGCAUGGCAAAGUACGCGUCGUACGAUGAGAGCGCUGGCUUCAGUCUGCUUGCUCUGUGCCACACGCCCAAGAAGGAAAACGCGGCUGGUCAAGCGAACGAGUCAAAUGGGGUGGGUGAGAUCGAUAAUGGCACAAACGGCACGUCCAAAUGGGGUCCUCCAACGACGAACAACAAUGACGAAGACGAUGGUGGCGUCCGCCGUGCAGCAGCCCGCAAGGGCGACUACACACCGGCAGUGCAUUUUUGGCUCAAGAAGUUAGCCGACAAAGGCGUGCUGCAACGCCUGGCCACAGGUGAACCAGAUGAACAAAUCAUCGAAGAGGAUGAAAUGGUAUGA